AUGACAAGUGACUCCCGUGUUAUUGAACUAGAUAGAUUGUCGGAUAACGGUGGUGUCCAGGAUGACAACGAUGACGACGGUUUCUGUAACGUUGAUGACAUGGAUAACGAAGAACAAGAAUACGAAGAAGAAGUAGUAGAAGAAGGAGGUGCUUGUGAUUCGAUGUGUUCAGAAGACACGUCCAAUUGCACCGGGACGCCUCGGUGUAGGCGGGCCAAGCGGCAGCGGCGCCGGCGGCGGUCGUGCACGMUGCAUGAGUCGAUGCGUCGACGAUUCGAUGGCCCCAACCAUCACCGCCACUUGCACCAUCAAGGCCGACCCACGCGAGCCCGAAGCUUUCACGAGGACGAACUGACCAGGAACCGAACCGGACCCACCUAUUCGGACGUCACCGGCACGGCGGCAGUGGUAGACAGUGGGCCAAAAAUUGUAGGGACGCUGCUCAAACAGGAAUUCCAACGGAAGCCUGGUCUGGACGAAGAAAUAUGUCUGUUACCGCCACCGCCGCCACACCGACGACAGCGGCAGAAACGUUCUGUGUCCGCAAACAGCGGCAGUUCUAGUGCCCGUAAUGUGACAGCGGCAUCAGUGAGAUCACCAUCUCCGUCACCGGUUUUGUCUUCACAACCAGCACGGACGGUUAGGUCUCCGUCUCAGAGGCAUCCAUAUCAGGUGGAGCAGCAGCAGCAGAARCAACAGACGGAAGCGCGUGUUGAUACAUUGACCGUGUGGUCAGCUGCAUCCAAUGCGGCCAAGACAACGACGUUAGCGGUGGCCAAGAGUGGUCCGUUGCGCAGGGCCAUGACGCAAAAGCCGAUGCGCAAGCAGACUCCGACCGUGAACACGACGUCAGCCACUGGAAGACGUCACUCGCCACUCGUCCGAUACGGGUCCACGCUGGGACUGCCGUCGCGACAACAGCAGCAAGCGACGCCACAGCGGYCGAACAACGUGAACCGGUCGAGCGUCAUGAUCCGCAACUCGUACCGUCACGGCCGCAUCAUUCGGCUAGAGCAAAAGGCCACCAAGGUGUUGGGCGUCGUGUUCUUUACAUUCGUGUUCCUGUGGACACCGUUCUUUGCGCUCAACCUGCUACCGUCUGUGUGCCCGAACUGCGAAGCCGACAUCAGCAAGGGCCUCAUCGACCUGGUCACGUGGCUGGGUUAUGCCAGUUCCAUGGUCAACCCGGUGUUCUACACGAUAUUCAACAAGGUGUUUCGGCAGGCGUUUAAACGGGUGCUUAUGUGCAAGUAUAGCGGCCGUAGCAAGCGGCAUUCGUGGCCUCCACCGCCACCCGUUAGGAAGGUUUAAACCUAGGUCCCAGAUUUCCUCCAUACACACAUUUCACUACCUGUUUUGUUACCSGUUACCAGUGCUCACCACAGUAAUGGUAUCCUGCGGCAAUACUAAAAUCUAUCAAGCCAAUUCCACAGCUGGGUCAUCUGUCGUAUCGUUUGGCUUCCAUAAUUAUAUUCUGAUCGGAUGUUGUAACCAUGAUAUAUCGGUAUCAUUCACCAACCAUAAUCUACCAGCAGAUUUCAAUAGUCGUACCGAGAUCAAUUUAUGGACACAUCACGACACACAUUAAAGCUGUGUGACCGACUUAUUCAUUCGUAAUAUAUUUACAGACUAUAGAGGUACACGGUUAAAUAAAAUUAAAAUUGUUUAAUGUUAAGACUUCAAUUUAAAUGUUGUAAAAAUGAUUUAACAUUUGCAAAGGAACUCUACGCAGUUAUCCAAAAAAGUUUUCCAUAAAAURUUUAUAUAAGUUAAGUAACGCAAAAAAAAAAUUAUAAUAAUUAUUGUAGCUCUUCAACCACCAUGCGUAUCUCAUUGACCUAUUACUAUAUUGUUUAAAUUUGGCUUAUUCAAAUGUUUGUUUCGUUCUGAAUUAAGUCUAAUGUAAAAAAUUGUUUCAAAUAAAUUGAAUUUAAAAUAUUUGCAAAAAAAUUCAAACACGGAUAUUUCAAAUCAUACAUUAAAAUAUUCAAUAUUUUUAACAGGCUUGUAGCUACGGAAGUGGGGAGCAAGAGGAGCGUUGCCUUCSCUAACACAAUCAUUGCCUUCUCUAAAAAUAUUAGAAAUAUUAGACAUUUAUAUUGUUUUUAAAUAUAAUGUUCCUCUACAAUUUUAUUUACCCUACCUAAAAAUUGGAUCUGGCUACGGGCCUGAAUUUUAAGACCACAAUAAAUCGAUCGUUUUAAAAAAUCACUUUCAAAUUAUACGAAAAGAUACUUGCGUAAAUAAAAUAUUAUUAUGAUCUGUCCCAAAAUUUCGUUAAAUCCUGUUCGGUGACUAGUCCGAAAUGGCUUAAUCGUGUCUUUAGUAUCUAUUACUAUUUUCAUUAUUAUAAUAAUAUAUGAGAAUGUUUACUUAUUUACAUGUACAGUUGAUUAAAAUGAGUCGAAAUGUACAUUUAUGGCUAUAUCCAAUGGUGAGCUAGUUGAAUUAAAUAAUUUAUUUUAACUUAACUAAUAAAUGCUGAUUUACUUAUUAACUUAAAUAAGCUAAUUGGCUA